AUGACAAGAAAGGCAAUAAAAGGAAGCGUGAUAGCUGAUCUCUUAGCAGAAAACCCAAUUGACGAUUAUAAGGCUCUGGAUUUCAAAUUCCUAAAUGAGCAUAUUAAUACAGUAGACAGUGAUGCUGAGGCACCAGAUGAGGUGUGGGAAAUGUAUUUUGAUGGAGCAAUCAAUUUAUCCAGCAAUGGGAAUGGGGCAAUGCUGGUAUCCCCAGAUGGGAAACAUUUUCCAAUAGCUGUCAAGCUAAGAUUUGACUAUACCAACAACGUAGUAGAAUAUAAAGCCUGCACUAAAGAUCCAAAACUGAUCCCAUAUCAAAAAUAUCUCCUCAAACUAAUCAAGGAGUUUGAAGAAAUUUCCUUCACUCACCUGAACCGUGACAAGAACCAAUUCGUCGAUGCCUUAGCUACUCUAGCUGUGAUGACUCAAAUGGAGGAGGGACAGAUAACAUUGUUAUUACGAAUCAGAGCAUGGAGUGAGCCAACAUACUGCUUUAUGAUUGAAGAAGAGACAGAUGGCAAACCUUGGUAUCAUGACAUCUAG